GGCGGGUGGGGGCGGGGCGCGGGCCAUGGCGGCGGCAGGGGGGGUCCCGGGACUCGAGGCCCAGCGGCGCGAGGUGGAGGCGGCGGAGCAGCGCGGCCUGCGGGCGGGGGAGCGAUGGUACCUUCUGGAGAAUCAUUGGUACCAGCAGUGGAAGGAGUACGUGGAAUCGGGCGACCAGAACUCCAGCUCCUUCCCUGGGCACAUCAACAACUCGGAGCUCUUUGAAGACCUGGAGUCGUUCCGGCUGAAGGAGCGGCUGGUGGAGUCCGAGGAGUAUGUGCUGGUGCCCGAGGACGUGUGGAACAAGCUGGUGAGCUGGUACGGGCUGGAGCAUGACCAGCCGCCCAUCGAACGCAAGGUGGUGGAGCUGCCCAGCACGCAGAAAGUGGAGGUGUACCCGGUGGAGCUGUAUCUCUGCCAGCACAACGACCUGGACAGCCCUGUCACCGCCCCGUUCAGCCGCGUGGACACCAUCGACGCGGUGCUCCAGGAAGCCCGGGGCCAGUUUGAGGUGCCCCCUGAGGACGAGACCAGGCUCUGGGUGAAGAACUCGGAUGGAUCCUGCGAGCGGCUCCGGAACAUCCACAUGACAGUGCUGGAUGCCUGCCUCAGCACGGGGCAGGUGGUGAUAAUGGAGACGCGAAACAAGGACGGAACCUGGCCCAGUUCUCGACCCCACAUCAUGAGGAACUCUGUGGAGGACGAGGAGCUGUACAGGGGGCAGCCGGGGGUCUGCGGCCUGACAAACCUGGGCAACACCUGCUUCAUGAACUCGGCCUUCCAGUGUCUCAGCAACGUGCCCCCCCUCACGGAGUAUUUCCUCAACAACCACUACUUGGGGGAACUGAACUUCAGCAACCCGCUGGGCAUGAAGGGCGAGAUCGCCGAGGCCUACGCCGACCUGGUGAAACAGGCCUGGUCCGGCCACCACCGCGCCAUUGUGCCGCGCAUGUUCAAGACCAAGGUGGGGCACUUUGCCUCGCAGUUCCUGGGCUACCAGCAGCACGAUGCGCAGGAGCUGCUGUCCUUCCUGCUGGACGGGCUGCACGAGGACCUCAACCGCGUCAAGCGCAAGGAGUACGUGGAGCUGCGGGACGCGGCUGGCCGGCCCGACGAGGAGGUGGCGGAGGAGGCCUGGCGGAACCACAAGCGCCGGAACGACUCCAUCAUCGUGGAUAUCUUCCACGGGCUCUUCAAAUCCACGCUGGUGUGCCCGGCCUGCGGCAAGGUCUCCGUCACCUUCGACCCCUUCUGCUACCUCAGUGCGCCCCUGCCCGUCAGCCAGGAGCGCACCAUGGAGCUCUUCUUCGUCUACAUGGACCCCCGCCGCAAGCCCCAGCAGCACAGAGUGGUCGUGCCCAAGGCUGGCAAAGUGCUGGAUCUGUGCAUCGCUCUGGCCAAGCACACGGGGGUCCCGGCUGAGCAGAUGAUGGUGGCCGACGUGUUCAGCCAUCGCUUCUACAAGCUGUACCAGGCGGACGAGGCUCUGAGCUGCAUUCUGGACAGAGACGACAUCUUCGUGUAUGAAGUAGCAGGGGGGCUGGCGGAGCCAGGGGGGGCGCUGGUGCUGCCCGUGUACCUGCGGGAGCGGGCGCCCCCCCGCGACGGCGACCCGGGCUACGGGGUGGUUCUGUUCGGGCACCCGCUGCUGGUCUCGGUGCCGCAGGCACAGCUGUCCUGGGACGCCCUCUACGGCCUGCUGCUGGAGCGGCUCUCGCGCUACGUGCGGCCGCCGGAGUCGGGCUCCGAGGAGGAGGAGGAGGAGAGUGAGGAGGAAGAUCUGUACGGCCCCCAGGCCAACGGGCUGAGUGAGUGUGAGGAAGAGGAGGAGGCGCCGGGCGAAGGCCCUGCCAGCCAGGCCAAGGAGGGAAGCAGCGGGGGCUCAGGGGGGCCCCCCACCCCGUCCCCGCCCCAGGCGACCCUGCCCCCUACCGCCAACCGGCCCAAACGCAAGUGCCGGCGCCGGCGGCUGCUCUUCACCGUGCGCCCGGUGAACGCCAACGGGACCAGCGAGCGCCCGGCCCUGCCAGGCGAGGGCUUUGCACUGCAUGCCCAGCCCUACAUCGCCAUCGACUGGGACUCAGAUAUGAAGAAGCGAUACUAUGAUGAGGAGGAGGCAGAGGGCUACGUGAAACACGAGUGCAUGGGCCAUGUGCAGCGGCGGCAGCCGGUGAAGCUACGGGAGUGCGUCGAGCUGUUCACCACGGUGGAGACGCUGGAGGAGGAGAACCCCUGGUACUGCCCCACCUGCAAGCGGCACCAGCUGGCCACCAAGAAGCUGGA